CCCGCGCUGGCACAGUGGGGGAUCAUGCAUAGCCGAGCGAGCGCUGCUCUGACAUGGGUUGAUUUCUUCAUGCUGAACUACACGACUUUCCACCGCUCCUGCUUAUAUUUGCCUCGUUUCAAGCGACACUUAGAAGUAUUUGUGUCCAUGCUAAGGAUUUUAUUAACACAUUUUUUGCCACGGCACAUUUGAACGACUCCGGUUCAAGGAAAGAGCUGCUCCUAGUUCUUCAGCGGCUCUUCAGCCGUGACAAUACAGCGACAGCGACAGCGCCGAAGACACGGACACAGAUCCGAGCGAGUACAGCGUCAAGGAAGAUUUGGCACUGUCUGUAGCCGGCUGGUUCUGUGGAGUUAAUUAUUAUUCAAAUGUUAUAGAAACAUUUCAUAGCAUAUUCAUGCAUGGACCACGCUGUUAUUAACUUGAAAAUCAACAAUUCAACGCUGCGUAGGCCUAUAGUUACAGAAACUAUUGGUGCCCAAAGAAGAGUUGAUCCGAGAGAAUAAUUAUUCAUUUGUGUAGGCUGCUGUAGACCGACUGCAGGAGAAAACUAUUAUAAAGCUAAAAAUUCAUGUUUAUAAUAGCUGUGACAUCCCACAUCUUUUGCGGUUGAAGAGGAUGCGCUUGUUGCUAUGAAUACACGACAAGAACAUUGACUGAAAUAGUAUGUCUUUUAAACGGAUCAUCAACUAAUUAAUAAUCAAGACAUUUACCCACCAAUUGCAAUACUUUUGUAUUCCACAAAAUGGCAGUGCUUUUUUUUAAUGAAUGAAAAAACUUUUUACAAAUAUCAAUUCAAGCCUCAGCACAAUAACUGCCUUGUGUAAUAAUCCAAUCAAUGCGUUAUACUCGAGCAGUCAACUAAGACAUAAGGCAAUUAUAAUUUAAAAGCCUUCAGAUGUGAAUCUAAUUUCACUCUGUUAAUUUGAAGAAUUCUACCGCGCCAGACGCUGCAUCGAGAGGGACCUUGACGUGUCCAAGUUCGGGAGCCAUGCCGCAGGUGGAAAUGAUCCUAUGCGUUUCGCUGGUGUUAUGGACGUGUGUCUACGGCCAAGAGCCGGCCUCCAAGGUGGUGUCCGACCGCUAUGCGGUCUACUGGAACCGGACCAACCCCAGGUUCUACCGGGGUGACUACCACAUCGACGUGUGUAUAAACGACUACCUGGACGUCUUCUGUCCCCACUACCUGGACUCUGUCCCAGAGGAGCGGACAGAGCACUACGUCCUCUACAUGGUCAACUACGAUGGCUACAGCUCCUGUGACCACACGGCCAAGGGCUUCAAACGCUGGGAGUGUAACAGGCCCCACUCCCCAAACGGACCCCUGAAGUUCUCCGAGAAGUUCCAGCUCUUCACCCCCUUCUCUCUGGGCUUCGAGUUCCGCCCCGGCAGAGAGUACUACUACAUCUCUUCCACCAUUGCUGACAAUGGAAGGAGAAGUUGCCUACGACUGAAGGUGUUCGUCAGACCAGCAAGUAAAUACAAUUGUGUGAAAACUGUCAGUGUUCACGAUCGGGUCUUUGACGUCAAUGAGAGAGUGGACAAUUCCCUAGAACCAAGAGAUGACACCAGCCACGAGUCAGCUGAGCCAUCCCGAGGUGACGUCAACUCCGUGGGCCAGGUUCAGACCGCCGGCUUGCUGGUGACCUCCUCCCUGUUUCUCCUGGCGGCCAUCUUGUCUUCAUAGCGCCCAGCCUGAGGGUUUUAGACAGAGCGGAGUGGACCGCCCUGACUGGACCACAGGCCCCCCAAGGAGCACUUUUUAACAGACAGUCUCUCUCAGUGCAAGGGAGAGGAGAGACUUAUAAGUGGAAGUCCUUUUUAUAAACUUUGCUUUGGGGAGUUAAGAUGCCAAAAGCCUUUUUGACUCUCAUUUUGUCAUUUUACUUUCCUGUGAAUUUUGAUAUUUGAAGGCCAUGGUAUGCCGUUGAAUUUGCCAUCCCCACACCCUCUCACACACUAACACACACACAUGCUCUCUCUCUCUCUCUCUCUCUCUCUCUCUCUCUCUCUCUCGCCCUCCUCUGUAGCCCUCCUCUGUAGCCACACCAAACAUUUUGCAAGAUUAAACUACGGAACAAAAACAUUUUCCAAACCCCCAAAUUACUUUGAUUGAGAAUAUGAUGAAGUCUUACAGCAAAUGACAAUUGAUCGUUUGAAGAAGGCUUGUGACUGAUCAGAUCAGCCAAUGGCAAUGAGGCCAAGGCAUACUGGCCAAUCAAAUGAGGCCAAGGUAUAUUGGCCAAUAAAAUGAGGACAAGGCAUGCUGGCCAAUCAACGGUGAAACAAGGAUCCAAAGCCAUGGUUGUAGCUUGGAGAAAUCCUGUUGCCAAGCGGAGGGGGCUCUGUUAUUUUCUUUCCUUUGAAGAGUCCAUUAGAAGUUCCUCUCAGGUGAUGGGGGUUGUAUUCAAUGACUCAGAGACUGAGAGACUCAGAGGAUGUUUGAGAUUAACCGGAAAACAUAAGCCCUCAUGUUUAGUACUUUCUGUCCUUUUAGGGGAAUUAGUGAUCGAUUCAUGUAUUUUUGAAAUAAAUCACAUAAUUCAAGUUUAGCAGCCAACACGGGUGUAUAUUUGCGAGGAGCGUGGGAGCUGAUAUGGUAUUUUGUCAGGCAAAUGUAUUUUCCUAUUUAUUCUUGAGUCCUUGUGCUCUAUACCUUUUCUGAUGACUGUCCUGGUUCAGUCACUGUAACUACAGCAGAGACAAGCCCAAAACAUCCCACCACUAAAAUGCACCAGUCUCUCUUUUUGUUUAGGACAGGUAUGCUAAUAUUUCAUUACUCAUACACAUUAAAAUAUCUGGGCUUGGACUCAAAAUAUAAUUGAAUUGGAUUGUUUUUAUCAAGCUGAGUUCAGGGAUUGAGGACAGAGAGUUGCAUGUUGUAUCAGGGUGUAGGAAUGUGAGUUAUAACUGUGAUCUUCUCUGUAACAGUAAACACAAACUAUAUGUGUGUGCUAACAAGUCAGCCCAUAUUACAAUCCACUACUUCUUUUGGAAACAUUGUCAUAACCUUUACCAAACUACAUUUACGUUUAUAGACACAAGGUACAGGUAUGACAUCAUUCUGUAGCUAACACGAUUAGUUCAAUUAUGUUUUUAGUAGUAUUCUUGGGUUCUUCCAGGCAAACAGCACACACUUUCCUUGAUAUUGAUAUUGAUAGGUUAGCGACCAUGCAGUGAUGUUCCACCCACACGUCCCCGCAGUUCUCCUAACUUUGCAGGAAGGUUGUGGUAACGUUGUGGACAUAAGGUUCCUCAAUAGCAGCUGCAGCUCUGGUAUGAUUUAGCCGUGUCUUUGAUGUCGUGUGGAGCAGCGCCUUGCAGACCACAUGCUAGGGGGCCAUGCGUUGGUUAUUUCUGGAAUGAAACAAAAAAUGACCACCAGGAGAGAGUGGGAGAGAGGUGUCCUGUUCAGUCUCUGGAUAGGUUCACUAGCAGGGGCGAGAGAGGUGUCAUGUUCAGUCUCUGGAUAGGUUCACUAGCAGGGGUGAGAGAGGUGUCCUGUUCAGUCUCUGGAUAGGUUCACUAGCAGGGGCGAGAG